CCAGCAGAUGAACAGCAGCACCUCUCUGCACGGCUUCACAAACCAUUUACAGGAGGGCAAGAUGAAGCUGUUGGUCUGGCUCAGCAUUCUCCUCUGCCUCUUUGCCUGUCACUUCAUAGAGGCCAGAGUCAUCCCAGAAGGAGUGCCCUACGAUGAACCGCCAGCAGUUCCCUACUGGCCCUACUCCACCUCUGACUUCUGGAACUACAUCGAAUACUUCAAAUCGAUCGGUGCCUACAGCCACAUCAACGAGAUGGCCCGGGCCUUCUUUGCCCACCAGCCCCUCGGAGACACCCUGGGAUAUGAGACCAAUGCGGGGCACGAACACUGAGAGGGGUCGAAGGAGCCAGGAGGGGGAGAAAGGGUAGAGAGGGAACUAGAACAUCCUAAGUCAUUAUAAAAGGAAUGCAUUUCUUGCUUCGACUGAAAGGACAGAUUAUGAGGAGAGAUGGAAAAUAAACGAUAAAAAAACAUGCGCAGGAAUUUAAAUAAGGUGAAGGAAAAGGGUAGCAUACACAAAACUUACUUUCUUUUGUCUAAUUAUAACACUGUGUGUGUUAUUAUAGCCCAUAUGUAGAAUUCAGAGGUAGAGGAAGUAGAACUUCUGUAGGAUUGAAUAAUAUCUUCAUGUAA